GCUUGCCUACCUUAUACCAGGCUGCGUGCCGUUCGUUCUUUAGACACCAGCCGUCUAGCCAUUCGUCAUACCCGCGUCCUGUACAUAUCGCGCUUUGACCUUCGUUCCUUACACUGCAAACAUGCUCCUUUUCCGCAACGCGUUCCUCCCCGCGCUCUCUGCAGCUGCCAUCCUAGCUGCCUUGGUGCGUUGCGCUUCCGCCGCCCCCUGGUGGCCGAUGCACUUCGUCAUGGUGGAGGAGCCGCCCAGCUCGCUGGAUGCAUUGCCUACCGUCUUGCCUGCGUCGCCCACCGUACCGUCCCUCUCGCUGGCACCGACCGCCACCUUGCCAGAGGUCUUGUCCGCAGGCAUAACCUCCCUGUCAUCUGCGUAUAGCCCUGUCGAAACCAUGCCUGCGGUGGGAGACACAGGCAUGUCAGACGUGAUACCUUCGGAUAUCACCUCGGACACGAGUGUUCUUGCUCCACAGCCAUCGAGUUCUACUGGGGGUGCGCCGGAAGGCCUGUCGGCCAACCAGAGCAAUGGCGCCGUCAUCACGUCUCCCGGACGUGGCGGGGCAGCGCUGCUUAUCGGAUGCGCCGUGAGCGUGGUCUACCUCGCGCUCUGAGGAACGCAAGCCAUGAUGCUGCCUCGCUCCUUGCGUUGUCCGUAUCUCAACACACCAUCGAAUGGGCCCAGAGCCCGCCGUCCAGUCCUUACGCGGUAACUUACUGGUAUCUAUCGCGACCACCCACCUUGCUAUUUUCGCUGUCUGUAUAGUCCCUGGGACGCUAUGGCCUAGCUCAUCUCCCGCAUCUGUCGUUGUAUCACAUUGCUAUCUGUUUCGCUCGCUGACUUAG